CAAAUUCUCUUCCCCAACGGAAAUGUAACUUCUACUCCAAUGAAAUUUUCUUUUCUUCUUUUUUGUUCUAUUCUCUUUAAGGAUUAUCCCUUGGUGAUUUUCUCUAAGAACGAAGUAUUUCCAGAGGAUAAACAAUUUACCUGCUCUUGGAGAAGAAACAAAAAACAACCAACCAACCAAACCAACAAUCCAAUGAGAAAUUUUCUCUCCUCAUCAACACAAACACAAUUAAUUUAAUUGUCUAAUUACAAUUUUCCCUUAUUAUGUAUUACAACCAUUAGAUGGAGCUAACUAAUUCUAUUCUAUUCUAUUUUGUAAAAUGUUGGCGUAUCUUUUUUUUCCUUGAUACACAAUUUAAGUCACUUUUAAUCUUUGCCUUUCAUUGGUUUAUUUAAUUUCUCUUUUUGUUUUGGUUUGUUUGUUUAUUCUCAUAUACGUUUUUGUAAUUAACCUUUUUAUUUUCUAUUCCAAUUUUCUAUCAUUUUAUAUGUCAUUCAAUUUCUAGUCUUUUCUCUCUUUCACUUUGUCUCGUUUUUUUUGGUUACAUUAUCAAUUCUCUUCAAUUGAUCAACCUAUGUCUUAAUGUGAUGGAUCGACGGUCUCAUGUUAAUCACCAUGAAAAUGGGUUAAUAGACUCGGACCCGGAGUCAGAAAUUUUAAGUGAAGAAACUUUAGCUCAAUUGGUCAACGAUGAUGAACAUAGUUGGCUCACUAAUGGUUUAAUUGAAUCUACCAAUGGUGUUGAUAAUACUAAUCAUUGUAACGGUAAUUCUUUGGUGAAAGAUAAUUAUUCUAACCAUUCUAAUCAUGAAAAUGGACUUUGUGAUAAUGGUGGUGGUGAUAAUAGUUUAGGUUUAUACAAUGACAAUGUUGCUGGUGAUCAACAACAACAACAACAACAACAACAACAACAACAGCUCAUCAAUGGUAAAAAUGAUUCCGAGUUAAAAGAAUGGUUAUCAAAUGUUCUGGAGAAUGAGACUUACAAGUCAACUAAAGAUAACCUUGUCCGUGAAUUGGACAAUUUAGCCGUUUUACAUAAAUUAGAAUCAUCAACCAAAGCCAAUAAGUUCGGUCGCAUGAAUAUGCCUGUUAGAAAUUUGGAAACUCGUUGGGAGUCCAGGUUAGAAUAUAAUAAGGAAGCAAAGCUUGAUACAAGAACCAUAACCAAAAGGAAGCCAACUUUUUUCAACCGUUUCUUAUCUUCGGAAGAAUUAUCACCAAGCUAUGGUAAUCUAAGGGAUACAAAGUUGAACUACAGUAGUUCCAAUAUUAGUGGGAGUAAUGGUAAACUCAACUAUCUUGGUGGAAGUAAAACUGACUUGGAAAGCCCUUACACCAUGAGAAAGAGCAAACUCAAUAAUACUUUCACUAUGGAUGAAGAUGAUAGAGAUGAUCAUCUGAAUGAAUCAUUCACCAUAACAAGAAGGGACCAAAAUCAACAAUAUCAUCAAUAUCAACAACCUCAACCUCAACAACAACCACAACAACAAAUACAACAGCCACAAUAUAAACCACCAUUAAGUUACAACCAUAAUCAAUUACAAUUUCUUCAACAACAACAACAGCAACAGCAGCAACAACAACAACUACAACUUCAACAACAGCAAUUACAAAGAGAACGACAAUAUCAAGCAAACACAGCAACAGUCACUCGAAGUGUAAACGGUGUCUCUAACCGUUCAACGAUAGACCAACCCGUCAAGAAGAAGCCAAUAUCGAUGUAUUCAGUUUACGCUGAGCCAACUGACAGCCGUCCAAUCCGAAGUAGUAAUACAAAUGUUUUAAGUGCUUAUCGACUUUUUAAAAGCUCUGCCUUGAAUCGACAAGUGAAAAGUAUGGUACCAAGACGAAGUUAAAUGCAAAUUCGAAACAAUCAAACAAACGAAAAAAAAAGAGAAGCAAAUCCAUUUAUAUACAAGCCGAAAAAAAAAGAGAAAACUUGAAAGAAAACAAAUUUAUUAAUAUUUCUUUGCUAUCAUCAAAUGUUUUCUUUUCUUAAAUCUUCCAAAUUGAUGACUUCAAUUCUCGUUCUUAUUGAGAAUUGAUAAAUUGUCAGAUUUUCCCAUACCCCUUGAAAAUCAUCUCUCUCUUUUCCCUUUCCUUUUUCAUUCAUUUAAAUUUAUUCAGCUAUACGAUAAAUAAAUUCUUCCACAAUCAAA